AUGAAACCCCCAAAACAGAAAAAACUACAACAAUCAAAAGAAAAACAAACCCAUCUCCAAAAUCCACAUGAACCUACAAAUACAAUAAUCAAAGAUCUCCUCUGGUUCUCCCUCAUUGCCACAUUCUUCAAACUUCUCCUCAUCCCAGCCUAUCACAGCACUGAUUUUGAAGUCCACCGUAACUGGCUAGCCCUCACCCACACCCUACCAUUAUCUCAAUGGUACACAGACGAAACAAGCCCAUGGACACUCGAUUACCCUCCAUUCUUUGCUUACUUUGAGUAUCUCCUUUCCCAUUUCGCGUCCCUCGUGGACCCCACAAUCACAGAUCUCUACAAUGGCCUAAACUACAAAUCCCCUUCAGUCAUCAUCUUCCAAAGACUCACAAAACGCCUCUUGAUCUGGAUUUCAGUCAUUUCAUCACCCGGGUUAUUAAUUGUUGACCAUAUCCAUUUCCAAUACAACGGGUUUCUUCUAGGGCUUUUAAUGGCCUCUUUAGGUGCACUUCAAAAUGGGCAUGACUUAACUGGUGGUUUCAUUUUCGCGAUUCUGCUAUGUUUCAAACAUUUAUUUGCAGUUGCGGGGCCCGUUUAUUUUGUGUAUAUUUUACGACACUACUGUCGCGGAGGCUUUUUGAGGGGUUUCAGUAAGUUGAUAACAAUGGGAGUAGUAGUGAUUGCUGUUUUUGUAGCAGCUUAUGGACCCUUUGCAUAUCAUGGACAAAUACAAGAUGUUUUGAAACGGUUUUAUAUCAAAACACCAACUGCUUCAUUCACUGGAGGGCUUGUUGGGGAUUCUUCUCCUUUUGCAAUAUUACCUACAGUUACUCCUUUGGUAACAUUUGGUGUUGUUCUUCUUGCUAUUUUACCUUGUGUUUUUAAGAUUUGGAGGAAUCCUGACCCUAAAAAGAUUGUUAGAUGGGUUGCAUAUGCGUACACAUGUGGGUUUUUGUUUGGGUGGCAUGUUCAUGAAAAGGCUUCUCUUCAUUUUUUGAUUCCACUUGCAGUUGUUGCAGUAGAAAGCAUUCAGGAUGCACAACAUUACUUCAUGUUAUCUAUAGUUUCUAUAUACUCGUUGUUUCCUCUUCUCUAUGAAGCUCAAGAAUAUCCUGUAAAAGUGAUCUUGCUUCUUUUAUAUGUUGCUAUAAUGUGGUUUGGCUUUUCUUCUACAUUUUCUGAGAAAAAAGAUGGUGUUGUUAGUGGAUGGAUAGAAAAGAGUUAUAUGGUUGGGUUUGUGGUUGUGGAGAUAUGGGGACAGUUUCUUCAUCCUUUGAUUCUUGGUGAUAGAUUUCCGUUUCUACCCCUUAUGCUUAUCUCAUUUUACUGUGCGUUAGGAAUGAUGUACUCUUGGAUUUGGCAACUUAAAUCUAUUAUUAGGUCUCAUUGAUGAUUGUUGUCGAUUAACACAUCAAAUUCUUAUGUAAUGUAACCCCUACUGUGUCAAGUUCUUGUUGUCGAUUUGAAUUAUUUGGACUUGCAAACUAGCUUCGUUUUUGGUAAAUUUUUGUUAUCGGUUUUAA